AUGCUGACAAUAUUUCAGAAUCUUGUAGACGCGGCGAAAUAUCGGUUUGGCCAGCUUUCGGCUGAAGAAGAGGCCCAAUAUAAUAGCCGGCUAGCACAAGAAAAAGACGGCAGAGAGUGCAAGCAAUGUAACGAGUUCAAAGACUGGAACCUGAACUACUCUCCCACGGUCAGGUUCAUGCGGGACGAGAUUGCAAAGAUUGGGGGUAAUAUCAACUCGAGCAACGUUAUUUGCGGGAAAUGCGACGAAAUGAAAAGCGGCGGCUUCCAUCCGGAGCUAGGAAUUCUGUUGUGUCAGAACAAAAUCUAUUCUCGCAGCCACUGCGAAGACACUAUGGCCCACGAGAUGGUCCACGCCUACGACCACUGCCGGUUUGAAGUAGACUGGACGAAACUGCAGCACCAUGCGUGCUCUGAAAUUCGUGCAUCAUCAUUGAGCGGCGAGUGCAGAAUGAUGAACGAGAUGUUCAAGCAUGGCUUUCUCAAAUUCGGCCGGGGCCACCAGGAGUGCGUUAGGCGUCGAGCCACCCUCAGCGUGAUGGCCAACCCCAAUUGCAAGGACCGCGAAAUGGCCGAACUAGUGGUGGACCAGGUAUUCGAUCAGUGCUUCAACGAUACACGCCCGUUCGACGAGAUCUACCGAUGA